AUGCUCGAGGAGUUCGACAAAGAGACCCCGCCGAGGUUGGCUGAAGAGCCAGCGAGCCCAGCACAGAGUGAGGACGAGGUCUGCGGCCCGGAUGGCGCAAGAUCUCAUUUAAUAGCUCUUGGAAUUUUCGGAACUCAGGAUGUCGAUGACGACGAAUCUGAGAUAGAUACGGAACAGAUGACGGCGGUCUUGAAUGGUUUCUUAGACAAGAAUCCCGAUAUCCGGGAUGUGCUGCGCGGGCGACCACGUGAUCACUUGGAAUUUUGGCUAGAUGAAUUUCGAGCUUCGCCAGAUCCUGAGAAGGAUGCAGCUUGGUUGAAGGCUUGCUUGGAUUGGGAUGGCGAGGGAGAGCCGCCGGAGGAUCCAGGCUCCAGCACGAAUCCCGCGGAUUCGGAUGCCUGGGAGAAGAAAGAUGAAUGGGCCGAUGAUUCGGCCAAAGGUGCUUGGGCGGACGAUGAUUGGACCUACGACCGCAAGCCCGAUCGCUGGACCAAUGAUUGGGACGACGAUUCCGCCAACAUCAAGAAGAUUGAUUGGAUCCACGAUCCGACCGAUGAUUGGAUCAACGACAACAAGACAUAUGGAUGGACCCAGAAUGCUUGGGUCGAUGGUCCGGUCGAUGAUUGGACCCAAGACGACAAGACCUAUGGAUGGAGCAAGACCUAUGCUUGGGUCGACGAUUCGACCGAAGACGACAAGACCUAUGGAUGGAGCAAGACCGAUGCUUGGGUCAACGAUUCGACUUUUGAUGGCAAGGCCUAUGGAUGGAGCGAGGCCGAUAAUUGGGCUGAUGAUUCUGCCAGAGUCAUCAAAGUCGAUGGAUGGACAGAGAAUGAUUGGGCCGAUGAUUCGGCCAAAGACAACAAGACCUAUGGAUGGACCGAGAAUGAUUGGGCCGAUGAUUCGACCAAAGACGACCAGACCUAUGGGUGGAGCAAGACCGAACACUGGGAUACUGGUCCUGCCAAGGAUGCCUGGGCCGAUAUCUCCACCACCGAUGCCUUGACCGAUGCCGGCUCUAGCACAAUGGAGUGGGCCACGACUGGCGCAGCAGGCGAUUAUGACGAUGCCUCGACCGAAGUUGGGGCCCAUGAUUGGGCCAACGACAAGCAGGCAUUUCUCUUGAUAUCUGAUUUUCUUGAGGAUGGGUGA